AUGAAAAAUGACAAUGACAUGAUGUUAUUUUUAUGCACAUUUUUAAACAUUAUAACUGUUUAUAAUGAAUUUAAUUCAAAUUUAACAGAAGAAAUUAAUGAUUUAAACGAAGUUCCAAAUUUUUCAUUAAUAUUACAUUUACUCUAUAAUAAUAGAAUGUCUCCUUUUAUGCGACCAAAAACACUUGGAUAUUGGAAUGAUGUUUUCCCUUUACUUUCAGAUAAUUACGGAAAUAAUAGUUUUAAUGUGAAUGAGAAGGCCCAUAGUCCAACAUUAAAGUUAUUAUCUGAUGUUUUUCCUCAAAUGUUGAGUGCGCUUCCAAAAAUAUGUUUUUGUGUUCCAAAACUAACUGAAGAAGAAGCAAAGUUUAUUGACAAACUCUUGAAGGCAGAAGAUGUUGAUGACAUACCAGCAGUGACAGGAGAGGAAAAAACUUUUAGAAAGCUUUUCAGUUGCAUAAAAAACGAUUUGCCUGAAGUUGAACACACGUUUCGAAAUGUUGUCCCUCUGCUUGAUGCAACAAUUGGAAAAGAUGGUUAUUUUUGGGUGAAGUAUGGUGAACAAUCACUGGCAGCAACAGCUACACGACGAAAUAAAGGGAGAGACCCAAAUGACCAUGCACGAAUUGGAUUCAAGAUUGAUGUGAUGUUUGAAUACCAGAACCUUAGCUGGACUCCAGUUAUCAGCUGUUUAGAAGUUUCUGGUGGUCUCUCACAGUGCUCACGAUCUAAAGAGUGGGAUGAUACCCUUAAACUUGGAUUAGAACUCCGGGACUUAUGGGCGAUUGCUGGAGAUCAUUUGAUGGGUGUAGAUGUAAGUAAAUUGGUAUGGUGGGGUCUUACAGUGGUUGGCCGCAAGAUCAGAGUGUAUGCUUUUGCUGCUUCUGGUGGCUUAUUUCAUUUGGUCCUAAUGUAUGAGGCUUUUCUCCCAUCUUCUCAUGAAGACCUUUAUAAUUUGAAACUUGCAUACCUUGUAUUGAAGGAAUACAAAAAGAAGUUGGAUGAAACGAAAAAUAUGAUAGAUGAACUUAGUCAGAAAAAUGUGCAACUAAUUACCAGAGAGAGGAAUUUAGAUAAAUCAAUGGGAAGUAAGUUGGUAAAGAAACCAAAAAUUGCAAACUCGCCUGAUCAGAAA